AAAACUGAAAAUCCCCACAAUUCAUCGUCCGGUUCAAGUCCUUUCUCACUCGCGACUGCUCUUUCUUUCACGCACAAAAUCCCUCUGAACCCACAUUCGAGAAAUUCGUAUCUGAUCCAUUGCAACUGAGCGAUGGAGCGGGAGAAUUGAGAACGGGAGCCAUUGGAGAUUCCAAGUUCAUCAACAACAAUCCUUAUUUCUUCGCAUUACUGGAGAAUACUGACGCGUUCCAUACAUUUUUUGAUGAACAGUUCGUGUUUCAUGAUCUAUAUAAAUCACAACUCUGCUUGAACUCCAGCGGAGAUCACUUCCAUAACAACAGGAAAAUUUGCAGAAGGUGGAGGAAGGGAGAGAUUUGGGAAGAGGAAGGUUAUACAUUAUCAAUCAAUAGUGGAGAGAAGAGAGUAUGAAGAGCGGCGGUGGUGGAGGGAGCGGAGCUUCUGCUUAUGGAUUUCCGGCGAAAAGGAGAUGGAGAGGACUCGUGAUCGGAGUUCUUGGCCUCGUUAUUCUCUCAAUGCUCGUGCCUCUUGUGUUUUUGCUCGGUCUCUACAAUGGUUUUCACACUACGGGAUAUGCAUCUGACUCGCAAAAUUCAAAACCAGGAUUUCAGCCUAGUCAUGUAGAUGAUGUUAUCAGAAAAUUGGGACCAACUCUUCCAAAGGACGUAUUUCAGAAAUAUGCCAUUGAACCUAAGAAGGAAAUUAAAGAUGUCAUGCACGAGAGUCAGGAACCAAAAGGUUUACCACCUCCAAAAGUUGAUGCCAUACCAACGCAUACCCGUGAAAAUAGUACUAAAGUUGGUGGUAGAGUUCAACCUUCCCAACGUAUGACUGCCAUGGACGAAAGUGGAAAACCAUGCGAGUGGAAGUUUGGGAGUUAUUGUAUUUGGCGACAGGAAAAUAGAGAAGUUAUCAAAGAUUCUAUGGUAAAAAAAUUGAAGGAUCAGCUUUUUGUUGCGCGAGCAUACUAUCCUAGCAUUGCAAAACUUCCGUCACAAAGCAAGUUAACUCAAGAAAUGAAGCAAAAUAUUCAAGAACUGGAACGUGUCUUGAGUGAAUCAACUACAGAUCUUGAUCUUCCACUACAGAUAGAGAAAAAGUCGCUGAAGAUGGAAGCUACAAUAGCCAAAGCUAAAUCAUUCCCUGUGGAAUGUAAUAAUGUGGACAAAAAGUUACGACAAAUAUUUGAUAUGACGGAGGAUGAAGCCAAUUUUCAUAUGAAACAGAGUGCCUUUCUCUUCCAACUAGCUGUUCAGACCAUGCCAAAGAGCAUGCAUUGCUUGUCUAUGCAGCUAACUGUUGAAUAUUUUAGAAUUGAUUCAACCAAUUUGGAGCUCUCUCAGGCCGAGAAAUAUGCUGAUCCCACUUUGAACCAUUAUAUAAUAUUCUCAAACAAUAUACUUGCAUCAUCAGUGGUUAUCAACUCAACAGUUUCAAAUUCAAAAGAAAGUGGGAAUCAGGUUUUUCAUGUAUUGACUGAUGGACAGAAUUACUUUGCCAUGAAGCUCUGGUUUUUGAGGAAUAGUUAUAAGGAGGCAACUAUUGAAGUAAUAAAUGUUGAACAUCUUAAACUUGAUGAUCAUGAAAAUGUGACUUUUGUAUUGCCUCAAGAGUUCCGUAUUUCAUUCCGUACUUUAACUCACUCUAGGACAGAAUACAUUUCAAUGUUUUCACAUUUGCACUAUCUUCUUCCUGAAAUAUUCAAGAACCUGGAUAAAGUUGUGAUCCUGGAGGAUGAUGUUAUUGUCCAGCGAGACUUAUCAGCCUUGUGGAGCCUUGAUAUGGGAGGAAAAGUUAAUGGUGCUGCACAGUGCUGUCAUAUGAGGUUUGAUGAGCUUAAAAGCUUUCUGGGUGAGAGUGGUUACAUUCAAAAUGAUUGUACUUGGAUCUCAGGAUUGAAUGUAAUUGAUCUGGCGAAGUGGAGAGAGCUUGAUCUUUCUCAAACUUUCCGUAGUUUGGUCAGGGAGGGCGGAUCAACUGAUGCUGUUGCGUUGCGUGCAAGCUUGCUUACAUUUCAGGACCUUGUCUAUGCCCUUGAUGAUUCAUGGUCUCUAUAUGGAUUAGGUCAUGACUACAAGCUUAAUGUCGAAGACAUUGAGAAGGCUGCAACAUUGCAUUAUAAUGGAUAUUUGAAACCUUGGCUGGAGUUGGGUAUCCCAAAAUACAAAGCUUACUGGAAGAAGUUUCUAGACAGAGAAGAUCUGUUCUUGAGUAAGUGUAACAUAAAUCCGUGAUAAGCUGAUGAUUCUACCACACCAUCUACUACAUAGAUUCCAUGAAAUCUGGAGCUCAACUCUUCAAGUAUUUUCGUUGACAAAUGGGAUUGCCCUCAAUUGAUAAGUUCCCAACAGAGAACUCAUUUUUUACAGUAAAUAACUACUAGCUUCAUCCAGAUCAAGUUUGCUUGUGGUGACUUCUGAUAUCAUGAGUUUUGUGGUAUUCAAUUGGGAGUUGAUGACGAAGAGAAAGCGAUAGAGGUUUCUUCUGUUUGUCUGCUAGUUGGUUUGUUGAAUGAGAAUCUGAGUUGGAAAGUGUGGCAAAUAAGGGAAAGAUGCACAAAGGCUACAAUUAUCUUCGUCCAGCAAGAUUGGCUUUGGAUUUAACUGUGCAAGUUUAAUGAGAAUACCUUGUUCUAUGCCUUAACAGGAUUAUUUGUCUGUUGAUGUCACUCAUAUUAAGAUAUAAGAUAUAUAUACAUAUAUAGUUAGAUUAGGUUCUCAUGAUUCUAGUUGGACCAAAUUCUUUUGACAAUUCUUAUUGGAUUUGAUUAUAGAGUUAUUUGGGAGGCACUUUGCCUAUUUUGUCAGCUCUGUUUUCUUCACUUUGAUUGUGCAGCUUUAAUGAUAUACAUUGGAAGUUGUGGCAGCUACAA